AGCAUUUUCUUCUUCAUCUUACCAAAUUCUUCAAGAAAAUGUCUUUUGAGGAAUCAUGGCCGACUGCCAUUGACAAUCGAACCAACAGCGUUCGACGGUCCGAUAGUAGUGGUUUCGAUCAGCAAACUGGAAUUUACCAUUCACUGCUCCAACUUGGUGACGAUUUCCAAAUCCCUACUAGACAUGACUUAGACACUUCUAAGUAUGUUUUGUCCCAAUUUCCCCAUCCUGACCAUGCUGAGUCCAGAGUUGCACUUAUUGAUUCAGCUACUAAUCACCAAGUCACCUAUGCUCAACUUCAACGAUCAAUCCGUGCUGUUGCCUCCGGCUUGUACCACGGUCUGGGGGUCCGGAAAGGUGAUGUGGUGUUCGUUCUGUCACCAAACUCGAUCCUUUAUCCAAUCAUAUGCCUAGCUAUAUUUUCUAUAGGAGCAAUCCUGAGUCCUGCCAACCCAAUCAACACACAAUCAGAAAUUGCCAAACAGAUACUUGACUCAGGUGCUAAACUUGUCAUUGCAGCACCAGAGGAACUGCAUAAGGUUGCAACAAAUGGGGUGCCUACACUGCUUACAACUCGAAUGUCUAGCGACUAUUCUCUAUCCAUUGAAGAAUUAAUUGAAUGCAGUGAUACCCUAGAGUUCCCACAAGUCCAGAUAACCCAAUCUGACAUUGCAGCUAUACUAUACUCUUCAGGAACUACAGGGAUAAGCAAAGGUGUGAUAUUAACACAUUCCAACUUUAUAGCCAUAAUGAUACUCCUGAAAUGGUCAGUGUAUGCAUCUUCGGCUCAGAAUGAUGUGUUCCUGUGCUUCAUUCCAAUGUUUCACAUAUAUGGGCUCGCAUUUUUCGGGUUAGGGUUAUUCUGUUCGGGGAUUACUACUAUAUUAAUGCAAAGAUUUGAUCUACAAGCAAUGCUUGAUUCAAUUCAAGCUCACAAAGUUAAUAACCUACCUGCAGUGCCUCCAGUGAUACUUGGGCUAGUGAAGCAUGCUAGUAAACUUAGGUGUGAUUUGUCAUCUUUAAGGAGGGUUGGGUCUGGAGCUGCCCCUUUGAGCAAGGAACUCACUGAAGAGUUCAGAGAGAGGUUUCCAUGGGUGGAGCUGAGGCAGGGAUAUGGGUUAACAGAAAGCUGUGGUGCUGCGACCUUUUUUGUCUCCGAUGAGCAAGCUAAGGCACAUCCAGGUUCCUGUGGAAGGUUAAUACCAACUUUUAGUGCUAAAGUAGCAGAUAUUGCAACAGGAUUGGCUUUACCACCCUGUAGGGAAGGAGAGAUAUGGAUAAAGAGCCCUACCGUAAUGAAAGGGUACCUGAAAAAUGAGGAAGCAACUGCUGCGACGCUUGCUUCUGAUGGGUGGCUAAAAACUGGCGAUCUCGGUUAUUUUGACGAAGAUGGGUUUCUUUACAUUCUUGAUAGGAUCAAGGAGCUUAUCAAGCAUAAUGGGUAUCAGGUUGCUCCAGCAGAACUAGAAGCAAUACUUCUGAAUCAUCCCCAAGUACUUGAUGCAGCAGUUAUACCUCUUGAAGAUGAAGAAGCUGGGCAGAUACCUAUGGCGUAUGUAGUAAGAGCAGCUGGUUCUGAACUCUCUGAGGAACAAAUCAUUCAAUAUGUUGCCCAUCAGGUUGCUCCAUACAAGAAAGUUAGGAAAGUAGCAUUCAUCAGUGCAAUUCCAAAGUCAGCUGCAGGCAAAAUCCUGAGGAAGGAACUUGUUUCACAUAGCCAACUUCAAAAAAUUUCAAAAAUGUAG